AACCUCUGUUUCAGUUUUAUAUUUCUCUCCCUAACCAGAGGCUCACACUCACAAUUCCAACAUCAGAUUCGUACUAAUGGCGCUCAGAAUGUGGGCUUCUUCUACUGCCAAUGCCCUCAAAAUCUCUUGCGCUUCUCGCCCACAUCUCGCCAGAUGCUUCUCCACUGUGUUGGAUGGAUUCAAGUACGCUUCUUCCCACGAAUGGGUCAAGCACGAAGGCGCCGUAGCUACAGUUGGAAUCACCGACCAUGCCCAGGACCAUCUGGGAGAGGUAGUAUUUGUGGAUCUGCCAGAAGCAGGUGGCUCAGUGUCUCAAGGAAGCAGCUUCGGAGCAGUUGAAAGUGUUAAAGCAACCAGUGAUGUUAAUUCUCCCAUCUCAGGCGAGAUUGUUGAGGUUAACACUAAGCUUUCUGAAGCACCUGGCCUGGUGAACUCAAGCCCCUAUGAAGAGGGUUGGAUGAUUAAAAUAAAGCCCAAGAAUCCAUCUGAGUUGGACUCCUUGAUGGGUGCGAAGGAGUACACAAAGUUUUGUGAGGAAGAAGAUGCUGCACAUUGAAGUUUGAACUUUGCUGUUGCUGGCUACUCUUGGGACUAACUCUUCUUCACAUGUUUAUGUACCCUUUGAUCGGUUUUUGUUAUUAAGCGCCACGGAAUUAUAUUGCUCCUCUCAUGAUUUCUCUCCCUUCUAAUUCUAUUACCACUCUGUCACUAAAAUGCCUCUGCUUAAUUAACAUGUUUCUCUCUAUUGCAUAAUCCAAAAGACCAAUA